AUGUCGCCUCCCAAUGAUUCCGUUUCAGCAAUGGAGUUUAGUCCGGCCACGUCGCAGAAAACAUUUCUCAUUGCGGGUAGUUGGGACUCAACCGUACGUUGUUGGGAAGUCAAAGAGAACUGUCAAGCCGAGCCAAAAUACAUGUAUUCUAUGAACAUGCCAGUAUUUGACGUCUGUUGGAACGGUGACGGCACCAAGGUUUUCAUGGCAUCUUGUAACAAUCAUGUGGAAUGCUGGGAUUUAGAAGGAAAUCAAACAAUGCACGUGGCAACUCACGAUGCACCCGUAAAAACUUGUCAUUGGGUUCAAACACCACCUUAUAAUUGUAUUAUGACAAGCUCGUGGGAUAAAACGUUAAAGGUAAAUGACCAAACGGGUAAUGAUCUCCUGUAUGAUUUUUUGGUGACAGAAUGA